AUGACCGUCGCCGAGGCCGCGGAGCUCGUGAGCUGCGACGAGUCGGGCUACGACGCCCAGCUCGCCGCCAAGGUCGCGCGCGUGCGGGCCCUGCUCGGCGAGGUCGCGGAGCUGCCCGAAACGACGACGGUCGUGCCGAGCCCGAAGAGCCACUUCCGCCAGCGGUCCAACUUCCGCGUCUGGCACGAGCCCGAGGCGACGGGGCUCGGCGUGAGCUUCAUCAUGUACAGCCCGUCGUCGAGCGACAAGGAGCCGCUCCGCGUGGGCGACUUCGCCCGCGGCGACGCGAAGACGAACGCGCUCAUGGGCCCCGUGCUCGCGGCGCUCAAGACCACGCCCGUGCUCCGCGACAAGGUCAUCGAGUGCCGGUUCCACUCGACGCUCCGCGGCGGCGCGAUGGUCCUCUUCGCCUACAACCGCCCCAUCGACGCCGACGCGGCCUGGAAGGCCGCGGCGGAGGCCCUCGCGGCGCAGCUCGGGCCCGACGUCGUCGUCAUCGGCCGGUCGCGGCGCGUGCAGAUCGCCGUCGGCGGCGCGUGCCCGGGCCGCGCGCAGGUCGAGGAGACGCUCGAGAUCCCCUGCGAGCCGCCCCUGCGCCUCGAGCUCGUGCAGCUCGAGGGCGAGUUCUCCCAGCCCAACGGCGCGGUCUGCGAGCGCAUGCUCGCCUGGGCCAUGGCCGCGACGAAGCCCGCGGAGGGCGCGGCGCCGCGGGAUCUGCUCGAGCUCUACUGCGGCAACGGCAACUUCACGAUCCCCCUGAGCCGCCACUUCCGCAAGGUCCUGGCGACGGAGCUCACGAAGCCCAACGCCGCCGUGGCCCGCGAGAACGCGGCGAAGAACGGCCGGUCGAACGUCGUCGUCGCGCGGUUGUCCGCGGCCGAAGUAGCGGAGGCGCUGCGCCGGGACCGCGAGUUCGCGCGGCUCAAGGAGCUCGGCGUGGAUUUGGACGCCUACGACCUGGGCACGCUCUUCGUCGACCCGCCGCGCUGCGGCCUCGACGCGCCCACGCUGAAGCUCGCGCACGGCUUCGAGACCGUGGUCUACAUGUCGUGCGGCCCGGACACGCUCGCGGAGAACCUGCACGCGCUCAACGCGACGCACGUCGUCGCCGACUUCGCCGUCUUCGACCAGUUCCCCUACACGGACCACUGCGAGGUGGGGGUCGUGCUGAAGCGCCGCGCGGACGCGGACGCCGCCGUCGUCCCCGAGCCCCGGCCCAAGGACCGGGCCGUGUCGAAGCGCUACGCGAAGAAGCACGCCGCCCGCGACAAGAAGGCGGGCGGCGGCAAGCACAAGGGCGGCGGCGGCGGCGGCAAGAAGCGGCCCGCGCCCGACGGCGCGCGCGACGGCGCCGGCAAGAAGAAGCCCAAGGCGCCCGAGCCCAAGAAGGGCGGCGCCAUGGGCAACUGCGCGAUCAUGUAAGGGCGAUGGCCUGGG